AGGUCCAGCGGGGUUGGGUUGAAAAGGCCUCAUCCUCGCCAUUCGCUUCUCUACUUUCUUGCCUCAUCUCUCUCAUCUCAACGGGAUCUAUCAACACUUCUUAUCGUAGCUAUUUGCAACCAUGGUCAAGGCCGUCGCUGUCCUCAAGGGAGACUCUUCCGUUUCUGGAGUCAUUACCUUUACUCAAGAUGCCGAGGGUUCCCCAGUGACUGUAUCUGGAGACAUCAAGAACCUCUCUGCGAACGCCGAAAGGGGAUUCCACAUCCACGAAUUCGGUGACAACACUAACGGCUGCACCUCUGCUGGAUCCCACUUCAACCCUAACAAGAAGAACCACGGAGGUCCAGACGAUGAAGAGAGACACGUCGGAGACCUCGGAAAUGUCAAGACUGAUGGAUCUGGUAACGCCAGCGUCAACAUCACUGACAAACACAUCUCCCUCUUUGGCGCCCAUUCGAUUAUCGGUCGAUCCGUCGUCGUUCACGAAGGUACCGAUGAUCUCGGAAAGGGCGGGCACGCCGACUCGCUCAAGACUGGAAAUGCUGGUGGUCGAGCCGCCUGUGGAGUCAUUGGUAUCGCCAAUUAGGCUCAGAAAGGUGCACGAUGAGCCGAGUGCUAUCUAAGGGAUGAAACGUAAAGGAUAAGUGCGAAGCCCAGUCGAGUCCAGUCAAAAGUUGGUAGUUGCGGUCAAGUAUGAAUGAAAGUCUUUCAAGGCGA